CGACAAGGAAGAAGUUUUUUAUUUCUGCGCCGAUUCGUUUAAUCACUUUUUUUGGCAGAUGUUUUAUUUCACCUAAGAAAAUGCAUUAUUUAAUAGGAUUUGAAUAGAAGGGAUGAAAAUGUUUUUGUUGGCUUUUAUUUUCUUCCUCCAAAGCUGUGGCGAAAGUAGCCAGAAUGUUACCAGACCAAACAUUGUUAUGGUGAUGAGUGAUGCAUUUGAUGGUCGACUAUCGUUUGAUCCAGGCAGCAAAGUUGUGCGGCUCCCCUAUAUAAAUUAUCUCCGGGAGCUGGGCUCUACUUUCCUCAAUACUUACACAAACUCGCCCAUCUGCUGCCCUUCAAGAGCAGCAAUGUGGAGUGGUCAGUUUGUUCACCUCAGUCAGUCAUGGAACAACUACAAGUGCUUGGACGCAAACUCAACCACGUGGAUGGAUUUGCUGGAGAGGAACGGAUAUCGUACGAAGAUGCUGGGAAAGCUGGAUUACACCUCAGGGAGUCACUCAGUCAGUAAUCGCGUCGAGGCGUGGACACGAGAUGUCCGGUUCCUCCUUCGCCAGGAAGGCCGGCCUGUUGCCCAACUUGUUGGCAACAUGUCAACCAGAAGAAUUAUGGGAAAAGAUUGGAAGAACACAGAUAAAGCUGCUCAGUGGAUCCGCCAAACAGCUGCCAUGUCAAAAGAACCUUUUGCUCUGUAUCUCGGCCUCAAUCUGCCUCAUCCCUAUAGAACUGAAUCUCUGGGCCCUACAGCUGGAGGAUCCACUUUCCGUAGCUCGCCGUACUGGCUCACAAAGGUGUCUUCUGAGCUUGUCUCUCUUCCUAAAUGGUUGCCUACGGCUGCCAUGCAUCCUGUUGACUACUACUCCACCUUCACCAAAAACUGCAGCAGCGACUUCACAGAGGAGGAAAUCAAAAGCGUUCGGACCUUCUACUAUGCCAUGUGUGCUGAGGCAGAUGCCAUGCUGGGUCAGGUGAUUUCAGCUCUGAGGGAGAAAGGCCUGCUGGACAACACUGUUUUGAUAUUCACAGCCGACCACGGGGAGCUAGCCAUGGAGCACCGGCAGUUCUAUAAGAUGUCGAUGUUCGAAGGCAGUUCUCGUGUCCCCCUGCUCAUCAUGGGCCCUGGGCUAAAGUCUGGUCUGCAGGUCCACCAGCUUGUGUCCUUGGUUGACCUCUAUCCCACUGUGCUUGAGAUUGCUGGUAUCUCAGCUGUGGGCAAUUUAAGUGGUCACUCUGUCCUGCCACUGAUCUCCACAUCCAGAAAUGUGUCCAAGAACGAACACCCAGAGUGGGUAUUGAGUGAAUAUCAUGGCUGCAAUGCCAAUGCCUCUACAUAUAUGCUUAGGGUUGGACAUUGGAAAUACAUUGCCUAUGCAGAUGGAAUCAGUGUCCCCCCGCAACUUUUCAAUGUCACAGUGGACAAGGAUGAGCUGCACAAUGUGGUUCUCAGAUUCCCAGACGUUCAGGCUCAACUGGACAAACUGUUGCGCAGCAUUGUAGAUUAUCCAAAAGUCUCUUCAGCUGUCCAUCUCUACAACAAAAACGAGUUUGCUGCGUGGCGGGAUAGUUUGGGGAGAAACUAUACUGAGGUCAUCGCUAACCUCAGGUGGCACGUGGACUGGCAAAAGGACAUCCAGGCCUCCGAAAAAGCCAUUGAUACAUGGCUUCAUGGCUCUUCAAGAACAUUUUAUAACUAAAGCGAUGGUUAAUGUUUUUAAAAUAACUUUAACUUUUUAUUUUAUGUGUCAUUUACACCAGUCGGGCAGGUCUAUAAAGGCUUUUUCUAUUAUUUUUCUAAUUAUGAUCUACAUAGAGCAUCCAGAUUGGUGUCAGGCAAUCGUUUUUUAUUCUAUUUCACUCUAAUGUUCUGCCUCUUUGUUGUUUAAAACCACCUAUAAAAGGCACUGAUGUUUGUGGUUGUAAAAUUCAAAGUACUGCAGUAAGAUAAAAAAAAUAAAAAAUCAGGAGGUAUGGAUAGUUCUGCAAGGCACUUUACUUACUGCUAUUUAAUAAACAACAUGAGGUGUAUUAAAGUCAAGCAAAGCAAA